GAAAUAAAUGAGAAGAAAGAGAAGAAGAUAAUAAUAUAAAAUUGAAAAAUAAAAUUUAAACAUACCCUAUUUUACAAUUUUGAUGAUAAUUUAGGAAUUUAUACAAAAUGAAUCAAGCAGAAAUUAAUAAAUUAGUAUCCCAAUUAAGAAUAAGAGUAAACCCUAGGCUAAGAAAAUUCAGAAACCCAUUAGGUCCUGAAGAAAGGUUAAACAAACUAAGAAAAACAGUCACAGCUCUCAUCAAACAUGAAAGAAUUGAACUUAAUUAUCCUAGAGCGGAUGAAUCGCGAAUGUACGCAGAACGAUUAAUAUCAGACGCUAUCAGAUAUGGAGAUUGCCAUAAAAGCACAAUGGAAAUGGCGGAUUACUGGAUUGUAGAGAAACAGCUAAUACAUAAAUUAUUUAAAGUUUUAGUACCCAGAUAUGAAAAUUAUACCAUCGCCUAUACACGAUUAUUAAAGGCCCCGAAACCAUACCCUGGAGAAAAACACUUAAAAGCUGUUUUAGAAUUAAGAGGAAACCCAUAUCCAUCUCUUAUACCAGAUACUCAAUCGAAUAGAAGUUUGUUGCAUAAUGUACUACUAGAUGAGGCUAGAAAGGCAUUUAGAGCUGAAAAAUACAAAGAAAUAGCUGCUAAAGUUACUGCAAAUUUUAAAGAAGGUGACAAACAAAGAACAGAACAUGAUGAAGUUGCUGAGAAAUUGCAGGAGGAUGAAGAUAAGACUAAAAAUACUGGUAUUAAAGCUGAAACACCUACAUAAUAUUUAAAAUGUAUUGCAAUUGCAGAUUUUUGUUAUAGAAUUCAUUUCAUUAUAAGUUAAUAAAUAUUUUUGACUUAUUU